AUGGCCGACGACGACCGCCGUGUCAAGCGAUCCCGCUUUGAUCAAACUGAGGCCGAGCCUCGUCGCUCCCGUUUUGAUCGCCGCUCGCGAUCACCAUCCGCCAGACAAUCAGAGUCCACCCGUACUCGCAGCCCUUUGAGUCGCGAAGCGCGGAGUCCCGCAGGAGAUGGAGCUGCAAAGCCAGCCGUGGCUGAUCCUGCAGCAGCAGCAGCUGCCGCGGCCGCAAAAAUUAAUGCCCAGUUGCAAGCAAAGAAGGGUAUCCAGCAUGUUGAUGUCCCUCCGAUCCGUUCGACUGAUAGCCCAGGCACCAAGUCCGAAAACGCAGACGGCUCCGCAAAAGACGUCUAUGUCACCGACGGCGACUACAUUAAAGACAUUGAGAUCAAUGAUUUGCGCAAUCGCUACACCCUGACCAAGGGUUCUACCCAGCAAAUGAUUAAAGAUGAAACUGGCGCCGAUGUCACCACCCGAGGAAAUUAUUACCCGGAUAAGAACAUGGCGACUGCCGCGCACCCCCCUUUGUACCUUCAUGUCACGAGUACCACCAAGGAAGGUCUCGAGAAGGCCAUUAAAAUCAUUGAUGAUCUCAUGCAGAAGGAAUUGCCUAACCUGAUCGAUGAGCGAAGAUUCCGCCGACGAGAGCCCGAGCAAGUGGAACGGGAUGAGUAUGGUCGUCGCAAAUGGCCCGAUGAGCGUAUUCCAAUUGAUCUCGAACCCAUUCCUGGUUUUAACCUGCGCGCCCAGGUUGUCGGUCAAGGUGGUGCAUACGUCAAGCAUAUUCAGCAACAGACCCGUUGCCGUGUCCAGAUCAAGGGUCGUGGAUCUGGAUUCCUUGAAUCCAGCACUGGCCGAGAGAGCGAUGAGCCGAUGUUCUUACAUGUCGCUGGACCGGAUGCAAAUGACGUCCAGGCUGCUAAAGCCCUCUGCUUAGAUCUUCUGGCUAACGUCAAGGAGCAAUACCAAAACUUCAAGGACAACCCGCCACAGCACAAUUACGGUGGCUACGGCCGCGGUGACCGCUACCAGGGCGGCGGCGGUGACGGAGGUGGUAGAGGCGGCAGUGGAGGAUAUGGUGGUGGCGGUUACAAUCGUCGCAACGAUUACCAGCAAUCACAACAUCAGUCCCCUGCUGCAUCUGCCAGUCCGAUCGGCCAAAGUGCUGCCGGCGCUGGUGCUAGUGCUACCAACAUGGCCGAUUAUGCUGCUCAAUACGCCCAGUACUACGGAGGAACUGACCCGUACGCUGCUUAUGGUGGGUAUCAGAACUAUGUGGCAUACUACCAGUAUUACCAGCAAGCCGCUGCAGCUCAGCAACAGCAGCAGUCAUCCGAGGCAGCUCCCCCUCCUCCGCCAGGUGGUGAAGCUCCUCCUCCCCCUCCUCCCGGAUCCGGAUCCCCUCCUCCCCCUCCCGGCGGACCUCCCGGUGCUGGCGGCUACAGUGCGGUAUGA